UCGUCCUAGGUACCCUGAAUCGAAGGUCCGAACCCCACUGUCAGCCUCUUGGCCGAGACUGAGCAACAUGCAGCCCUCGGGUCUUGAGUGUCCCCGUGCGCUCGGCCUGUGGACUCUGGGGCACUGGCUGUUCUUGCUGGGGGUGCUACUUCUAGUUCCGUCUCCGUGGGUAACCUGCACCCAGGCCCCUCCGAGCCCCUCCAGCGUUCCGACUACUCCCGGGGCCUCCAGUGCCGUGACCACUCCCGGCACUCCCAAUGCCACGACCAGUCCAGCCACGACGAGUGACCCUCGCCUUCGAGAGCAAGCACGGGCCCUGAUGCGAGACUUCCCACUUGUGGACGGCCAUAACGACCUGCCUCUGCUCCUGAGAGAACUUUUCCAGAACAAGCUGCAGGAUGUCAAUCUACACAAUUUCACCCGUGGCCAGACCAGCCUGGACAGGCUCAGAGAUGGCCUCGUGGGUGCCCAGUUCUGGUCAGCCCACGUCCCAUGCCAAACCCAGGAUCGGGAUGCCGUGCGUCUGGCCCUGGAGCAGAUUGACCUUAUUCGCCGCAUGUGUGUGGCUUACCCCGAGCUGGAGCUUGUGACCUCCGCCGAAGGUCUCAAUAACACCCAGAAGCUGGCCUGCCUCAUUGGCGUAGAGGGCGGUCACUCGCUAGACACCAGCCUCGCGGUGUUGCGCAGUUUCUAUGAACUAGGAGUGCGUUACCUGACACUUACCUUCACCUGCAGUACACCCUGGGCAGAGAGUGCCACGAAAUUAAGACACCACGUCUACACCAAUAUCAGUGGGUUGACAAGCUUUGGUGAGAAAGUAGUAGAAGAAAUGAACCGUCUAGGCAUGAUCAUAGACUUGUCCCACGCCUCAGACACCUUGGUGAAGCGGACUCUGGAGGUGUCUCGGGCUCCUGUGAUCUUCUCCCACUCCGCAGCCAGAGCCACGUGUGACAAUCUGCUGAAUGUUCCUGAUGACAUUCUGCAGCUUCUGAAAAAGAAUGGUGGCAUCGUGAUGGUGACACUGUCCAUGGGAGUGCUACAGUGCAACAUGCUUGCUAAUGUGUCCACUGUAGCAGAUCAUUUUGACCACAUCAGGACAGUCAUUGGAUCGGCGUUCAUUGGGAUUGGUGGGAACUAUGACGGGUCCGGAAGGUUCCCUCAGGGGCUGGAGGACGUGUCUACAUACCCAGUGCUGAUAGAGGAGCUGCUGAGACGGGGCUGGAGUCAACAGGAGCUGCAAGGCGUCCUCCGAGGAAACCUGCUCAGGGUCUUCAGAGAAGUGGAGCAGGUGAGACAGAAAAGCAGUGGGCAGAACCCUGUGGAGGUCAAAUUUCCAGACAGGCAGCUGAGCAGCACCUGCCACUCCCACCUCGUGCCUCAGCCUCUGGACAAACAGCAAGACACACACAUGAGGGUGACCAAGAGACCAACUAGUCAGGUCCUCCAGAGGGCCUCGAAAGCCCCGCCGUCCCCCAUCCCAGGUCUCAUGGCCGCUGUCAUCUCCCUAGGCCCCCUUCUUUGGCUUUGGUGAUCUGGCCACAGUGUGGCAAAAUCCACAAUGUUCCCCUCCUCAUUGUCCAACCCAGCUUAUAUUGAAAAUAAAUACUUGAAAUAUCGAGCCAAGUGUUUGUGUCCUUCUUUAUUGCUGGAACUGACUCUUGGUGAGGACUCCUGCUGCAGCCUUGGUCCUCUGAGGGCUGAGGCAGCCACCAGCUGCUGGAGCUGGAGCCCAUAG